AUGCAUCUCAUGUGCAACGUCGACGGCUCGGGCAAGCGGGUCUACACCCUCAAGAAGGUCCUCGAGGGCAAGGUGACAAAGUCGGCGCACCCCGCCCGCUUCUCUCCUGACGACAAGUGGUCCAAGCAUAGGGUCCUGCUCAGGAAGAGGUUUAACAGGCUUCCCUCGGCCAAAGGUGGGUGA